CGCACACACCACGAUGGCGGACCCAUACGUCUCCCGCAAAGACGCCGCCGCAUCCUACAGGCCCUACAACCAGCUCAUGUCGCCCGGCCUCCAACGCGCCCGCGAGCCCUUCCGCGUGCGCAACGCCGUCACGGGCACGCUGCUGCUCGCCUUCGCGGCGGGCGUGUGGGCGUACUCGGUCAGCGCGGUGAAGCAGGACGUCUUCGACGACAUCGACGAGGAGGCGCGGCAGCUCGCGCGCGAGCGCGAGCGCAGCCUCGAGGAGCGGGAGGCGGAGCGCAAGGUCGCGGAGAGUGCGGCGAAGAUCGAGUCGGCACCAGCAGCAGCAGUGGUGCAGCAGGCGGGCGUACCGCCGUCAAUGGCUGGGAGAGGUCUGUUAGCCCCGUUGCUGGCUCGACGGUUCCCCGGGCUGUUGGAUCCAGCUACGAAGACCCUUGUGUGGGGAGCACCAUCUGUGGAUAGCAUAGGGAAGCUAGGGGAUGGCCGCCGCCAUCAAUCAUGACCGCCAUGUAUGCUCGCCGUCCCACCUCGCACA